UCAGGAUGAGGAGACUAUUGCUGAUGAAAUGUGUUAGCAACAAGGCAUGGUUGAAAAGUGUGUUUCUUAGAUAAGUGGUUUACUUCGGUGGCUUUCUUCCGUUCAAAGCUUUUGAAAUGGAUAAAGUAAUGCAUAUCGAAGAUGGACAUGCUUGUGAAAAGGCAGCAAAGUCUUUGAAAAUGGGGAGCAUCAUUGGAGUCCCCACUGAUACAAUUUAUGGGAUAGCUGCAUUAGCUCAGUCAAACAAAGCUGUAGAAUCAAUUUAUCAAAUAAAAGAAAGGCACAGGGAAAAACCAAUUGCAAUUUGUGUAGCAGAUAUUCAAGAUAUAUACAGAUGGUGCGAAGUUACUGUGUCUCUCAGUAUACUGGAUGACCUGCUUCCUGGUCCUGUUACUCUUAUCUUCAAAAGGAAACCAGAACUGAAUCCUGACCUAAAUCCAGCCACUGAAUUAGUUGGUGUUCGUAUACCUGACCACAAAUUCAUAAGAGGCAUUGCAAGAGCCUGUGAGCAACCAGUUGCAUUGACUAGUGCCAAUAAAAGUGCUGCAAAAAGCUGUUUACAAGUAAAGGAAUUUGAAUAUCUUUGGCCUAAAUUGGACUUGGUUUUCAAUGGUGGUUGCCUUGGUAAAACAGAGGAAUCGCGUCUUGGGUCAACUGUUGUCGACUUAUCAAUUGAGGGGCAGUAUAAAAUCAUUCGAGAUGGUUGUGCUCUCUCAAGCGUCGAAAAUAUUCUCAGAGACAAAUAUGGCUUGCUUCAAAGGACGUAGCUCUGUCUAGACUAGCGGUCGUAUUGGGUUUUUAUAUUGAUUUUGAUUCAUAUUGUUUGUAUCUAUCAAAUAAAGUCAAUCCUUGGCUUAGGAGUUAAUUAAAGACCAUGUGUCCUUACAAGUAGAGGGGGGAGGGGGGGGUCGGUGUUGCUCGGUCUGAACCAAUAGACAAACAAGUAGCUUGGCUUUAACCAAUCAAAUCGCAGAACAGCUGCUUUCAUUUCAGCAUUUCCUGAUAAAGUUUGUAACUUUAAGCUUUUUCGACACACUGCAUUUAAUUCAAGCCUGAGUAUAUUUAUGUUGUAUUCAUUAAUGAAUACCUCAAAAUUUGACGAUGUUACCCAUCUCAUCAAUGGCAUCUUGUUCAAGUAAAUGAGGCCGAUGAACUUUCUUUUAUCUCCUUUCUAAUAUGGGACUGGGUGAACACACAAAGCUUUUUUGCAAACGUCAAAUCGCACAAAUAGAUAUCUACUAUGCUAUUAUCAAACAAUCAACUGACUUGUGACACAAGGCCCUUCUUCAAGCUAAAACUGGCGAAAAUAUUAUUCAAUACUUCUGUAUGAAGCUAAAUAAAGAAGAUUUAUACUUUCAAUAAUCUGUACCUACCAUAUUUUAUAUUAAUGUUUUAAUUAAUUCUGUAUGUGACA